GCCGAGCCGGGCCGCCGGUCUGUCUCACUGGCUCGUAUCGAUCGCGGCCACCUGGGCCCACUCGAGCGCACAGGCGUCGUGUCGUGUCUCAUUUGCGCCGGCAGGCCGCUCGGUCAGCAGGCGCUGUGGUCGCAGUCAUUCCGCUUGGUCGAUUGGCCCACUCGGGCCGACACCAUCGCCCGGCCCCGGCUGACUCGUGAGUCGGAUCGCCUGUCCGUCUCACGACGAGCGUGGCCCUGGUGCGCGCUGGCACUGUGCUACUUAUAUCCACUAGUAGUAGACUUUUAG